ACAUUCUUCUCCCACCUCGCGCAUCUGGAAAGACCUGUUUACGGCCGGAACGUGGACGGCAGACGGGCGCACAUAUAUUUACAAUUCGUGGCCAGCAACUCCCCGAAACGGUCGGUCGAUCGCGCGAUCCGCUUCAGCCGCGUGUGGUGCGUGUAGUGGCGCGGCAAAGGCAUUGGAAUUCGAACCAUCUCCUCCGUGUCGAAAGCGAUCGUUGUGUUUGUGCGUCAAGGUAGAAAGAAUCCAGCCAUCCUGACCGUGUGCGGACUCGGCAAGCAGCGUAUUUUCCGGCCCAAGCAAAGUGUUUCAGUGAAAACCAGUACAGACCGUGAGACGGUGAUUUUGAUAAGACAAAACACAGAGCGCAGAGCUUCACGGCAAAGCUACAAUCAUGGCUUCGGUUACGGCAACCGAACAGUCGAGGAAGAAUGUGGAAUUUAUCGUGAAAAAUCUCUUAGCUGGCGGUGUGGCCGGUAUGUGCUCAAAGACGGCCGUCGCGCCACUCGAUCGCAUCAAGAUCCUGCUGCAGGCACACUCGAUCCACUACAAACAUCUCGGCGUGUUCAGCGGCCUGAAGCACAUCGUCAAGAAGGAGUCCUUCUUCGCCCUGUACAAGGGCAACGGUGCACAGAUGGUACGGAUAUUUCCGUACGCUGCCACCCAGUUCACCGCGUUCGAGGUGUACAAAAAGUAUCUGGGCAAGGCGCUGGGCACGAACCUACCGAUCAAGCACGCGGACAAAUUUAUUGCCGGUGCGGCUGCAGGUGUGACCGCCGUCACCUUGACGUAUCCGCUGGACACGAUAAGAGCCCGGUUAGCGUUCCAGGUUACCGGUGAGCAUCGGUACAACGGUAUUGUACAUACUGCCGUAACAAUCUUUCGGACGGAAGGGGGAUUGCGUGCCUUAUAUCGUGGUUUCGUUCCAACGCUGAUGGGCAUGGUACCGUACGCCGGCUUUUCGUUCUACUGCUUCGAGAUGCUAAAGUUUGUCUGCAUGAAGUACGCGCCGGGCUUUACGUGUAAAAAAUGUGACCGAAACACCGGAGGACUAGUACUUUGCGUCCCAGCAAAGUUACUCUGUGGUGGAUUUGCCGGAGCCGUUGCACAAUCCUUCUCCUAUCCACUGGACGUGACGCGAAGGCGGAUGCAGCUCGCCAUGAUGAACCCUGAAACGGCGAAAUUCGGCAUGGGCAUGUGGAAAACGUUAAGCAUAAUCUACAACGAGAACGGCAUCAUGAAGGGCCUUUACCGGGGGAUGUCGAUCAACUAUCUGCGCGCCAUACCGAUGGUGGCCGUAUCCUUCUCCACGUACGAGGUGUUAAAGCAGGCCCUUAAACUGGACACGGGCAUGAAAAUUUAGACCAGCGGCAAGGGGACUACCAGACCAGACUAGACGAGACCAGGUUUACUGUUUUAGUACGUGACGCACGGUUGAUUGGUAGGUUUUAGAUGAAUUGUUUGUUAGUGAUUGUUAGGUUUGCGCUUAUGCGCAUUAGAAUUCCCUUUUUCAUUCAUAUUUCGUCAUACAAACACACAACCUCCCACUCUCUCUUUCUCUCUCUCUUUCACGCACAUUUACUGUCUUUUUAUAGUUGUUUUAUGUAGAAGAAAAAGUGGUAUCUUAGUUGAAGUUAAACCGUGACAAAAUGUUGACAAACAGCUCGAACAACGCUGGAGAGAAGCGAUUUUCCUUAAGCAAUAUUUAUUAUUUCUUGUAGCUUUUACCACUCGGGAAAAUAGGUCGCUGGGUCAGGAGCAGAUAGACGUGAGGGUUUUUAUUUUUUUUAAACAGAUGCUACCGAUAGUGGAUAGACGUUCGUCCGUUUCUUUCAUAGACAAUUUACGAUUAACAUCACAGUUAGGAAGUAUUACUGGUAACGAAAAACACACACCGAUGAUGGUUUCCGUACUUAAGUUUAAGUGAAAUGUUAUAAGUUGCAACAGGCGUAAGGGAGAAGAACAUUCUUCGACAAGAAAGGGAAGGAAAUAGGAGAGUUUUUAAGAUAACGAACUAGCUGGUGUACUACAAAAAACGAGUGACAGGUUCCAGGUGUCUUCUGCCCUGUUUCUUA